AGCACUUGUAUAUUCGAUCUUUUUUUUCUUUUUCAGCAAGUUAGCCCCGUGGAAACAGAGUGAAAUUUUGCGUCGUUUGUGUGGACCGGAGAAUGAGUUGAGGUGAUAAUGAGUAGACUCUCAUUUAGGCCGCGCCCUCUUGACAUUCACAAGAAGUUACCUAUUCUAAAAUCUGUAAAGGAUUUUGAGGAUGAUGAUACGCCGUCUAAUACUCGCAAUCAUAUCAUUCGUCUCGCUGCUGAAGCUGCUGAUGUUGAGGUACAACAGACUUCUAGCAAGAAGUUGGUUCCUGAAAUACCUAUACCUGAGUAUGUGGUGGUGGAUACAUAUGAAAGAGAUUAUUCACGCACUUUUGCUCAGCCAACAUCUUAUAUACACGCUAGAGGAGCCCGGGCCGAGAUUGGAGAAUUUGUUGAGUACGAUCUUGACAAUGAGGAUGAAGAUUGGCUUCAAGACAUAAACAGAGAGAGAAAAGCUCUUGCAGCUGAAAAGCUGGAGACUAUUCUGCACAAAUUAGAGGUUUUAGAUCACAAGGCCCGAGAAAGAGCAGGAGUGAUUACUCCUACUCUUGGCUCACCUAUCCCGGUGAUCCUAAGUUUUGAUGCUGCUGUUGAGGCACUGCAAUCUCUAACAAUCAAAUAUGGAGUUUUCCAGUCAGUUUAUACUUACUGGAAAGACAAGCGGGAACGGUGGCAGAAGCCUAUUCUUCGGCGUUUGCAGCCUCCUCCACCUGUUAGUGAUACCAAUCCGUAUAAUGUAUUUAGGCCAAGGGAGAAGGCUCACAGGCUUCACACAAGGAGGAUGCAAAGGAGGGAAAACAAUGUGCAGUCAUUUGAAAAGCUUCGCCAGGUUAGGCGCAACCUUGACCAAGCAAAGACCAUUCUCGAGGCUCUCAUCAAGAGAGAGGAGAAGAAACGAGAGGUUGUGGAGAGUGAGGUUAGUCUUCAGAGACUCCAAAUGAAACACAAGAAUGAAAUUGAGCUUUUUGAGGACACGUUGGCUCUGCCUGGAUUUCCUUCGUUCCCAACUAAGGUUGGUUCAAGUGAGGAGGAAUACAUGGACUCGGAUGACGCUGCUAUUAGCCGUCCACAUGCUCAGUCUGCUGUCUCACCAAAUCUUUUCUCUGACUCAAAGCCAGUAAUGGCUUCUGCUGGAAGCAUGAGGCGCGAGCGAGAGUUAAAGAGGCGAUAUGUCCCAUAUGGAUGGCUCCACAAAUUGGAUCCAACUGAGCCACUUCUCCUGUUCACUAAACCUCUUGAUCCAGAGAAUAUGGCAGCUGCGGGUAUUUUACCUCCAAUGGGAAAUGGUCUGGCUGCAUGCACAUUUAACUCUCGUGGAAGGAUUGGCCGAGGUGGCAGAAUAGUGUUUGAUAGAUGGAACCCACUUAUGCAUACUCCAAUUGAUUGUGGUGAUGCUUUAUAUGUUCCACCAAAGGGCCGGCAUUCUGCUCAUCCCUGAUGUAAUCAACCUUUCCCAAUCUUCAUUUGUCCAUCCAGGUUAAGUUUGUAUGCCUGAGGUAAUUGUAAGGGGGACACUCAAGACAUGAGGGAGAUGACUCGUCGGUGAUUGUCCAAGGGUUGAGCCUGCUGCAGGAUGUAUUCUUGUUAUUGUUUCUUUUCUUAGUUAAAGAAUGGAAAGCAUCCGCCCCGCUUGUAGAUUUUUGUCCAAGGGGAUAGGUAAACAGAAAGCUUUUUUUCCACUCCUGCAGUCUCCUACCUAGAUAAUGCAUGCUUCUACCGUAAAUAAAAAUGAAAUGAUGAAUGUAACCGGGGUUGGUCUUACAUUGUAAAAAGAAUCAUUGCCUUUAUCUUCUCAUUUUUUUGUUUCACUUUAUGAUUCGAUCUUGUAUAGUUAGGCCUGGCCAGUGCUGAAAAUUGAAAUCUGUCUUCAUGGUGCAGCUGAGACAAAUCAAAUUAUCUUGUGAUUAUUUGUCUGUAAUUUUUGACACAAUUUAACAAAAGUGGUUUUUGUAUACUGA